ACGGAUUUCUAUGGACUUCACACUAUAGUCACUAAUCAUCAGUACUAACACAGCAAACAUGGACGAGGACUCAUCAGCUCUGGAUAAACGAUUUAAUUUGAUUGAGGAAUAUGUUCUGAAUGCUUUAAGAGUAAAACACGACCGCUGGCAGAAAUGUCUCUCAGUAGAGGAGCAGAAACAAACGAUCCAAAACUUUCUGGACGCGUCGGACUACACAACACUGGUCGUGAAUCUGAAUUCCAACGGACAGCUGAUACCUGCCAACGACAUAUCCGCGUCCACGAAGAACAAAGCUGUUUAUUUUAUUAAACGCAGUCGGACGGCUUUGUCUUCUGACAAUAUGAAGAAGAAUGUGAAGUACGGAGAAAUGUCUUUUAGUCCCCUGGAACAGUUUUCCGCUUUAGUGGGCAAGGUUGUGCUUCCAGUACUGCUCAACAACCAAAACCAGCGUCAAUGGCCACAAGUCAUGUCUCAGGACCUGAGGCGACACAUCCACGUCCUGAAAUCCAGCGUGCUCGUGAUCUCUGGGCAAGUCAAAGGCAAAACCUUUCUUCCUCUUCCUCCAGGAUCAGAGAGGAUCGAACAAAUAGCUUCUGAAGGAGAUAAAUGGGGAGACGUUGUGGACAAGAGCAUCAUCCACUCCAUCGAGUCCGUGGUGAUCGAAUGGAGCCAUCAGAUACACAAGGUCCUCCAGAGAGAUUCAUCCGAGCCACUGCUCAAGGGCAAAAACCCCAUGCCUCACGAGGAGCUGAACUUCUGGAAGAACAGAUAUGCCGACCUAAAGUGCACACACGACCAGUUUAAGUCUUCCACAGUGGCAAAAAUGGCCGAGCUUCUGGAUGCAGUAGAAAGUAGCUACUACCCCGCCUUUAGAAACAUGCUGAAGGACGUCAAUGAAGCUCUCGAGGAAGCAAAGGACAUCAAUCUAUACCUAAAACCCCUAGAGCGACUGAUAGAAGAUUUGGAAAACGCCGAUUUCACUGAGGUCAAGCCACGAAUUGCUGCUCUCAUGCACACCGUGUGUCUGGUGUGGGCUAACUCCAAAUACUACAACACCCCAGCCCGGGUGAUUGUCCUCCUACAGGAGAUCUGCAACCUCCUCAUCCAGCAGGUAAGGAACAAUCUGAACCCGGAGGACAUCCUGAAAGGCGAUGUGAUGGAAAGUCUGGGGCAAGUGCAGAGCACCCUGGAUGUGCUUACACAUUUCAAAAACAUCUACGAGGACAAAACAAACAGCUUGGGUCUGUACCGGAGGAGCGGGAUGGAGGUCAAACCCUGGGACUUCUCUCCUUUCUUGGUGUUCGCCGGGCUGGACCGAUUUAUUCAACGACUGAAAAUGAUUGAAACGUUACUACUGACCGUGGUGGACAUGAUGAAACUGGAGAAGCUGGAGUUUGGAGGCAUCCGUGGACGAUCCCUCAGUCAGCAGCUUCUGUCUUUGCAUGAAGAAUUCCUGGAGAACUACAAAACGUUCACAGAGAAAUCCUACGACUGCCUGGACGUCGACAAUUCGGAGUUCGAGGCCGAUUUUGCUAAGUUUAAUUCGAGGGUGGAGGAUACAGAUCAACGCCUUGGUGCCAUUUUCGGUCAUACGUUUGAUGACGCUUCCGGCCUGGAACACGCCUUCAAGGUCCUAGACAUGUUCGGCGGUCUGCUGGAACGUCCCCUGAUAGCAGCCGACGCUCACAAGAGAUACCCCACGCUCAUAGACAUGUUUGACAAGGAGCUCGACUGCUGCAAGGAACUCUAUAAAAAACACCUACAGGCCGAGGAGCAUCUGGGUUACACCCCAGUAAACCGGAACAUGCCGGCGGUAGCGGGUGGACUGAAAUGGGUCCAGCAAAUGCAGGAACGACUCCAGAUCUACAACAACUUCCGCUACAUUGCCUAUCCGUGUUUGGAAUCAGUGGACGGUGAAAACGUCAUGCAGAAAUACGAGGAAAUGAUGCUGCUACUUAAACAGUACUCGUCUCAGCUUUACAACAAAUGGACCGUCUCAGUGGGAGAAAAGUCCCAGUAUAACCUCAACCAGCCCCUGAUCUUCAGAGAUCCAGCGUCCAAACUUAUCAGUGUCAACUUCAACCCACAGUUGGUGUCAGUGCUACGAGAGGUGAGGUAUCUAGAGGCCGGUCAGGCCGAGGUUAUACCAGACCUCGCCGCCGAGAUUUACUCCAACAAGGAGCAGCUCUGUCAGUACGUCGCCAAUCUGGAGCUCAUGACCGGUUGGUACAAUAAGGUGAUGGGGACGGCGCUGGAGGUGGAGUUCCCUCUGAUCCAGAAACAGCUGGAUGGCAUUGACGUACAGCUUAAAGAAGCCGAGGAUACCAUCAACUGGAAAAGCAAAGAAAUCUGGGAGUACAUUCAAACCAUACUUGAGGCCGUACACGAUCUAGAACAACGUCUGCAGAGGACCAAAGACAACGUAGAGGAGAUCCAGAACACCAUGAAGACCUGGGCUCAUCCCGUCUACGACAGGAAAGAGGGCAAAAAAGAAAACCUCCUCAAUUUAGAGGACAAGCCAGAGCGAUUAGAAAGAAUAUAUAACCAGAUCCGGUCCUCCGGAGAGAAAAUCCACUUUAUACUGAAGGAAAAUCUAAGACUUUUUCAAGCUGAUCCUGGUUCUGCUGAGUGGAAGUCGUAUGUAAAGUAUGUUGAUGAGAUGGUCAUCGGUGGUUUUUAUAACAGCAUCGACUGCUCCCUGAAGUUCUUCCUAGACAAUACAGAGGAAAGACCUGGAUUCACUCCACUCUUUGAAGUCAAGCUAAACCUAGAGGUUCCUGAUAUAGUCUUUCAUCCGUCUCUGGAGUUUGGGGCUUCCAACAACUUCUACGAUCUAGUAGAGAGUCUCAUCAGCGACGUCUACAGGAUCGCCUCACUGGUGCCACGACUGGCCGAGCACAGCAGCAGUCCAAAUUACCAGGACGAAAUGGAGGACAUGACAGAUCUAGCAGACAUCCGUCAGCUUCUAAUGGACCGUGUCCAGAGGGUAAUGGCAAAAUGCUGGGAGUACAGUAACUCAUUUGACCAUUAUGAUUACCUGUACGUGGGCAACAGGAAGGAGUUCAUGCGCCUGUUCUUGCUCUACGGUCACGUCCUCACCUCCGAAGAGAUGGAGGCUCAUGCAGAGGACGGGGUCCCUGAAAAUCCUCCCACCCUGGAGCGCUUCCGUGAGCAGGUGGACUCGUACGAGAGCACGUACGAAGAAGUGUACAGGCUCGAACCCGUCUGCGCCUUCGACGGCUGGAUGAGGGUGGACGCACGGGCCUUCAAGAGCGCCCUGCUUAUCAUUAUCAAAAAGUGGAGUCUGAUGUUCAAGCAGCAUCUUAUCGACCAUGUAACACACAGUUUGACUGAUCUGGACGAGUUUAUUAAGAUAACCGUGACAGGCCUGGGCAGCAAGGUGGAGGAAGGCGAUUACACCGGCCUGGUGGACAUCAUGGGUCACCUCAUGGCGGUCAAAGAAAGGCAGAGCUCCACCGAUGAGAUGUUCGUGCCACUGCAGCACACCAUCGAUCUGCUAAAGACGUAUGAGCAGGAACUUCCUGAAGCGGUCUACAAGCUGCUCGAGGAGCUACCAGAGAAGUGGACUAACAUUAAGAAACAAGCUGGGGUGACCAAACAGCACGUGGCUCCACUGCAGGACAACGAGGUGGCUAAACUACGCCAGAAAUGCGCCACGUUCGAUGUGGACCAGCACACUUUCAGGGAGCGCUUUCGCACCCAGGGGCCUUUUAGGUUCGACAUUACAAACCCAUAUCAGAUGCUCGACGUGGCCCACAAGCAGAUCCAGGAGAAGGAAUCCGUCAUGGCCGAGCUCAUCGAAUCAGCCGGACUGUUCGAGGUCAACGUACCCGACUACAAGCAGCUCAAGCAGUGCCGCAAAGAGGUGUCCAUCCUCAAAGAACUGUGGGAUUUGAUCAUGGCUGUCCGGUUCAGUCUGGACUCCUGGCGCACCACCCUAUGGAAAGACAUCAGCGUGGACGACAUGGAGACGGAGUGCAAGCGCGUCUCCAAAGAGCUCCGCAUCCUGGACAAAGAGUCUCGCGCCUGGGACGCCUUCAGCGGCCUGGAGGGCGUUGUCAGGAACACCCUGACGUCUCUCCGGGCCGUAGCCGAACUUCAGAACCCGGCCAUCCGUCCUCGCCACUGGCAGCAGCUCAUGGGAGCCACGGGGGUCCAAUUCACCAUGGACCGAGACACCACGCUGGCCGACCUGCUGAACCUCAACCUGCACUUCUUCGAAGACGAGGUGAGAGCCAUCGUGGACCGCUCCGUCAAGGAAAUGGGCAUGGAGAAAGUCCUGAGCGAGCUGGACGCCACCUGGACGACCAUGCAGUUCAGCUACGAGUCCCACCCUCGUACCGACGUCCCCCUUCUCAAGACGGACGAGGAGCUGGUCGAGACGCUGGAGGACAACCAGGUGCAGCUGCAGAACCUCAUGUCUUCCAAGUACAUCUCCUUCUUCCUGGACGAGGUGUCGUCCUGGCAGCGCCGGCUCUCGGCGGCCGACUCGGUGAUCUCCAUUUGGUUCGAGGUGCAGAGGACCUGGUCCCACCUGGAGAGCAUCUUCAUAGGUUCGGAGGAUAUCCGCUCACAGUUACCCGAGGACUCCAAAUGCUUUGACGGCAUUGAUGGAGAUUUCAAAGAGCUGGCUUAUGAUGCUCAUAAAACGCCCAACGUUGUGGAGGCCACCAAUAAACCUGGACUUUAUACCAGACUGGAGGACAUUCAGAGCAGGUUGGCUCUUUGUGAGAAAGCUCUGACUGAGUAUUUGGAUACAAAGCGACUGGCCUUUCCCAGGUUCUACUUCAUCUCAUCCGCUGAUCUCCUGGACAUCCUGUCCAACGGCACUAAUCCUCAGCAGGUUCAGAGACAUUUAUCCAAGUUGUUUGACAACAUGGCCAAGAUGAAGUUUGAAAAUGAUGCCGAUGGCAUCCCCACAAAGACAGGGCAGGGCAUGUACAGCAAGGAAGAGGAGUAUGUGCCAUUCAGUGAGCCCUGCGACUGCACCGGCCAGGUUGAAACUUGGCUGAAUCGAGUUCUGGAUUCGAUGCGGGAUACAGUACGGCAUGAGAUGACGGAAGCGGUUGUAGCAUACGAAGAUAAACCCAGGGAACAGUGGCUGUUCGACUAUCCUGCUCAGGUUGCGCUGACCUGCACCCAGAUCUGGUGGACCACUGACGUCGGCAUGGCCUUUGCCAGACUGGAAGAGGGCUACGAAAACGCCAUGAAAGAGUACUACAAGAAACAAGUGAGCCAGCUGAACACGCUGAUCACCAUGCUGAUCGGGCAGCUCAGUCCCGGAGACAGACAGAAAGUCAUGACCAUCUGCACCAUAGACGUCCACGCCAGAGACGUGGUGGCAAAGAUCAUCGCCCAGAAGGUGGAGAACUCGCAGGCGUUCGUGUGGCUCUCUCAGCUACGCCACCGCUGGGGCGAGAAGGAAAAACACUGCUUCGCCAACAUCUGCGACGCCCAGUUCCUCUACUCCUACGAGUAUCUGGGCAAUACGCCACGCCUCGUCAUCACACCGCUCACAGACAGAUGCUACAUCACACUGACCCAGUCCCUUCACCUGACCAUGAGCGGCGCCCCAGCUGGUCCAGCUGGCACAGGCAAGACCGAGACCACCAAGGACCUCGGACGAGCGCUCGGCAUCAUGGUCUACGUCUUCAACUGUUCCGAGCAGAUGGACUACAAGUCUUGUGGUAACAUCUACAAAGGCCUGGCUCAGACGGGGGCGUGGGGCUGCUUCGACGAGUUCAACAGGAUCUCGGUGGAGGUGCUGUCCGUGGUCGCAGUGCAGGUGAAAAGCAUCCAGGAUGCCAUCAGGGACAAGAAGAAACGCUUUAAUUUUAUGGGCGAGGAGGUGAACCUGGUUCCGUCUGUGGGAAUCUUUAUCACCAUGAACCCGGGAUAUGCUGGCAGGACCGAGCUGCCCGAAAAUCUCAAAGCUUUGUUUCGGCCCUGUGCCAUGGUAGUACCGGACUUCGAGCUCAUUUGUGAGAUCAUGCUGGUAGCGGAGGGCUUCAUCGAGGCCAGACUGCUGGCGAGGAAGUUUAUUACUCUCUAUCAGCUAUGCAAGGAGCUUCUGUCUAAACAGGACCACUACGACUGGGGACUUCGGGCCAUCAAGUCCGUCCUGGUGGUGGCCGGCUCUCUAAAGAGAGGCGACCCCGAGCGGCCCGAGGAUCAGGUGCUCAUGAGGGCCCUGAGAGACUUCAAUGUCCCCAAGAUCGUCACCGACGACAUGCCCGUCUUCAUGGGCCUCAUCGGAGAUCUGUUCCCCGCCCUGGAUGUCCCCCGCAAGAGGGACAUGGACUUCGAGAAGUUCGUCAAACAGUCCGUGCUGGACCUGAAGCUGCAGGCCGAAGAGAACUUCGUGCUCAAGGUGGUUCAGCUCGAGGAGCUCCUGGCUGUUCGACACUCUGUGUUUGUGGUCGGCAACGCCGGCACAGGCAAGUCCCAGGUCCUCAAGUCCCUCUACAAGACCUACCAGAACAUGAAGCGCAGGCCUGUCUGGGCCGACCUCAAUCCCAAAGCUGUCACCAACGACGAACUGUUCGGCAUCAUCAACCCAGCCACCAGGGAGUGGAAAGACGGUCUGUUUUCUAAUAUCAUGCGCGAGUUGGCCAACGUCAGCCACACCGGGCCCAAGUGGAUUGUUCUGGACGGUGAUAUCGAUCCAAUGUGGAUCGAGUCUUUGAACACUGUAAUGGACGAUAACAAGGUUUUGACUCUAGCCAGUAAUGAGAGGAUUCCGCUGAACCCCACGAUGAGGCUGGUGUUUGAGAUUAGCCACCUUCGCACCGCCACCCCUGCUACCGUCUCCAGAGCUGGUAUAUUAUACAUCAACCCUGCUGAUUUGGGAUGGAACCCACCCGUGUCGAGUUGGAUCGACAAGAGGGAAAUACAGUCCGAAAAAGCCAACCUGUCCAUUCUGUUUGAUAAAUACCUUCCACUGUGUCUGGACACUCUGAGGUCGAGAUUCAAAAAGAUCAUUCCCAUCCCAGAGCAGAGUAUGGUCCAGAUGUUGUGCCACCUCUUGGAAUGUCUGCUGACCCCAGAAAACACUCCUGCAGACUGUCCUAAAGAACUCUACGAGCUGUAUUUUGUUUUCGCGGCCAUCUGGGCCUUCGGAGGAGCUCUGUUCCAAGAUCAGCUGGUCGAUUACAGAGUGGAAUUCAGUAAGUGGUGGGUGACCGAAUUCAAAACCAUCAAGUUCCCCUCUCAAGGCACCGUGUUCGACUACUACAUCGACCCCGAGACUAAAAAGUUCGAGCCGUGGUCAAAGAUGGUUCCCAAAUUCCAGAUGGACCCAGACAUUCCGCUUCAGGCGUGUCUGGUUCACACCACCGAGACCAUCCGCGUGAGCUUCUUCAUGGAUCGUCUGCUGGAACGGAGGCGUCCCGUCAUGCUCGUGGGAAACGCUGGCACCGGCAAAUCUGUCCUGGUGGGAGGCAAACUGGCCUCGCUGGACCCUGAGAAAUACGUCAUUAAAAACGUCCCCUUUAACUAUUACACCACUUCAGCCAUGCUACAGGCCGUUUUAGAGAAACCGUUAGAGAAGAAAGCUGGAAGGAACUUUGGCCCUCCGGGAAGCAAGAGGCUUAUCUAUUUUAUUGAUGACAUGAACAUGCCAGAAGUGGAUGCCUACGGGACCGUGCAGCCUCACACCCUAAUUCGCCAGCACAUGGACUACAACCACUGGUAUGACAGGAGCAAGCUGCAGCUAAAGGAGAUCCACAAUGUGCAGUACGUAUCCUGCAUGAAUCCCACAUCUGGAAGUUUCACCAUUAACCCUCGUCUGCAGCGCCACUUCUCCGUGUUCGCCCUCUCGUUUCCUGGAGAGGACGCUCUCAACACCAUCUACUGCAGCAUCCUGAGCCAGCACCUGAGCGGCGAGGGAUUCAGCCCAACGCUCCAGAAGAGCUGCUCCCAGCUCGUCCAGCUGGCACUGGCUUUCCACCAGCGUGUCAGCUCUACCUUCCUGCCAACAGCCAUCAAAUUCCACUACAUCUUCAACCUGCGCGACCUCUCCAACAUAUUCCAGGGCAUUCUAUUCUGUAAAAGCGAGUGCUUGAAGACCCCUCAAGACCUGGUGAAGAUUUAUCUACACGAGUCCAACCGAGUUUACCGAGACAAGAUGGUCGAAGACAAGGACUUCGCCGCCUUCGACAAGCUGCAGUCGGAAACGGUGGGGAAGUUUUACGAGGACAUGGCAGAAGUCUUGGAGGAAACCAAAUUGAUGAAUAUAUAUUGCCAUUUUGGCCUGGGCAUCGGCGAGCCUAAAUAUAUGCCGGUGCAGUCCUGGGAGAGCCUGAACAAAACCCUGCUGGAAGCGCUUGAUGGAUACAAUGACGUCAACGCCGCCCUCAACCUGGUCCUCUUCGAAGAUGCCAUGUCCCAUAUCUGUCGCAUCAACCGCAUCCUGGAGUCUCCCAGGGGAAACGCCUUGCUGGUCGGGGUGGGCGGCAGCGGCAAACAGAGCCUGACGAGAUUGGCAGCCUUCAUCAGCUCCCUCGAGGUCUUCCAGAUCACGCUAAAAAAAGGAUACGGCAUCGUCGACCUCAAGAGUGAUCUGGCCAUGCUGUACUUCAAAGCCGGGGUGAAGAACAUCGGUACCGUGUUCCUCCUAACAGACGCCCAGGUUGCAGACGAGAAGUUCCUCGUGUUAGUCAACGAUCUCCUGGCGUCAGGUGAGAUCCCAGACCUGUUCCCCGACGACGAGGUUGAAAACAUCAUUAACGGCGUGAGGAACGAGGUGCGCGGCCUGGGCCUGAUGGACACCAGGGAGAACUGCUGGAAGUUCUUCAUCGACCGCGUCCGCCGCCAGCUCAAGGUGGCGCUGUGCUUUUCUCCCGUUGGCAACAAGCUUAGGGUGCGUAGCAGGAAGUUCCCGGCUGUGGUGAACUGCACCGCCAUCGACUGGUUCCACGAGUGGCCACAGGAGGCGCUGGAGUCGGUCAGUUUGAGGUUCCUACAGGAGGUGGAGCACAUCGAGCCAGAAGUAAAGGAUUCGGUGAGUAAGUUCAUGGCGUACGUCCACAUCAGCGUGAACAAAACCUCCAAGGACUACCUGUCCAACGAGAGGAGAUAUAACUACACCACGCCCAAGUCCUUCCUGGAGCAGAUCAAGCUGUACAGGAACCUGCUGGCCCUCAAGAGGACCGACCUCAGCACCAAGAUGGAGCGACUGGAAAACGGACUGCAGAAGCUCAACAGCACGUCUGCUCAGGUGGACGACCUGAAAGCCAAACUAGCAGCUCAGGAGGUGGACCUGAAACAGAAGAACGAGGACGCCGACAAGCUGAUCCAGGUGGUGGGAGUGGAGACCGAAAAGGUCAGCCAGGAGAAAGCCGUGGCCGACGAGGAGGAGAAGAAGGUGGCCAGCAUCGCGAAGGUCGUGAGCAGGAAGCAGAGGGAUUGCGAGGAGGAUUUGGCCAAAGCUGAACCUGCGCUUAUAGCAGCACAGGAAGCCCUCAACACCCUCAACAAGAACAACCUGACCGAGCUGAAGUCUUUCGGUUCCCCGGUGGCCGCCAUCACCAACGUGACCGCCGCCGUCAUGGUCCUAAGCGCUCCCGGCGGCAAAGUCCCCAAGGACCGCAGCUGGAAAGCGGCCAAAGUGAUGAUGGCCAAAGUUGAUGCCUUCCUGGACUCCCUGAUCAACUUCAACAAAGAGAACAUCCACGAGAACUGCCUGAAAGCCAUCCGGCCCUACCUGCAGGAUCCCGAGUUCAAACCCGAGCUGGUGGCGGCCAAGUCCAACGCCGCGGCGGGCCUGUGCUCCUGGGUCAUCAACAUCGUCAGGUUCUACGAGGUCUACUGCGAAGUGGAGCCCAAGAGGCAGGCUCUGAACAAGGCUAACGCAGAGCUAGCUUCCGCGCAGGAGAAACUCUCGGUCAUCAAGGCGAAAAUUAAUCUUCUUAAUGAGAACCUGGCAAAGCUGACUGCGAAGUUUGAGAAAGCUAUGGCGGACAAGCUGAAGUGCCAACAAGAGGCCGAGACCACAGCACACACCAUCUCCCUCGCCAACCGCCUGGUUGGAGGUUUGGCAUCGGAGAACGUGCGCUGGGCGGAGUCAGUGGCUACCUUCAAGAACCAGGAGAGAACUUUGUGCGGGGACGUUCUUCUAAUCACCGCGUUCGUCUCAUAUCUGGGCUACUUCACCAAGCGCUACCGUCUCGAGCUAAUGGACAGCACCUGGAGGCCGUACCUCAGCCAGCUCAAGGUCCCGAUUCCAGUCACCCCGGGUCUGGACCCCCUGACCAUGCUGAUGGACGACGCGGAUCUGGCCACCUGGCAGAACGAAGGACUCCCAGCCGACCGCAUGUCCACCGAGAACGCCACCAUCCUCACCAGCUGUGAGAGGUGGCCUCUCAUGGUGGAUCCUCAGCUCCAGGGAAUCAAGUGGAUCAAAAACAAAUAUGGAGAUAAACUGCAAGUCAUAAGGAUCGGACAGAGAGGUUAUCUAGACUCAAUCGAGAGAGCUUUAUCUGCCGGUGAGGUCGUUCUCAUAGAGAAUCUAGAGGAGGCCGUGGAUCCUGUGCUCGGACCCCUACUCGGACGAGAAACCAUUAAAAAAGGACGCUACAUAAAAAUUGGUGACAAGGAGUGUGAGUACAACCCCAGUUUCCGGCUCAUCCUGCACACCAAGCUGGCCAACCCGCACUAUCAGCCCGAGCUCCAGGCCCAGUGCACGCUGGUGAACUUCACGGUGACCCGAGAUGGCUUGGAAGACCAGCUGCUGGCUGCCGUGGUCAGCAUGGAGAGACCGGACCUGGAGGAGCUUAAGUCGAACCUCACGAAGCAGCAGAACGGGUUCAAGAUCACUUUGAAAACUCUAGAGGACAACCUGCUCUCUCGACUCUCUUCAGCUUCCGGAAAUUUCCUGGGAGACACGGAACUGGUGGAGAACCUGGAGAUCACCAAACGCACCGCUGCUGAAAUUGAAGAGAAGGUCAAAGAAGCGAAGGUGACGGAGGCUAAAAUCAACGAGGCGAGAGAGCACUACCGCCCGGCGGCCGCCCGCGCCUCUCUACUGUACUUCAUCAUGAACGACCUCAAUAAAAUUCACCCCAUGUACCAGUUCUCCCUUAAGGCCUUCAGCGUGGUCUUCCAGAACGCCGUCUUGAAGGCGGACCCUGACGAGGCCCUGAAACAGAGGGUUUCCAAUCUGAUCGACAGCAUCACGUUCUCCGUGUUUCAGUACACCACCCGCGGCCUCUUCGAGUGCGACAAGCUCACGUACACGGCGCAGCUCGCUUUUCUGAUAUUAGUAAUGAACAAAGAGGUCAACAGUAACGAGCUGGAGUUUCUUCUGAGGUAUCCUGUCCAACCUGGUGUUUUUUCUCCCGUGGACUUCCUCUCUAAUCACUCCUGGGGAGGGAUCAAGGCACUUUGUACGAUGGAGGAAUUCCGGAACCUGGACCGGGACAUCGAGGGCUCAGCAAAGCUCUGGAAGAAGUUUGUGGAGUCGGAGUGUCCGGAGAAGGAAAAGUUUCCCCAGGAGUGGAAGAACAAAACCUCACUGCAGAGGCUGUGCAUGAUGCGAGCCCUACGACCCGACAGAAUGACCUACGCCAUCAGAGAUUUCGUGGAGGAGAAGCUGGGCAGUAAGUACGUCAUGGGUCGCUCAGUGGAUUUCGCCGUCUCGUUUGAAGAAUCCGGAGCCGCCACUCCCAUGUUCUUCAUCCUCUCUCCUGGGGUCGAUCCACUAAAGGACGUGGAGAAACAAGGUCGAAAGCUGGGAUUCACGUUCGACAAUAGAAACUUCCACAACGUAUCUCUCGGCCAGGGUCAGGAGGUGGUGGCUGAGCAGACUUUGGACCUAGCUGCCCGCGAGGGUCACUGGGUGAUAUUACAGAACAUCCACCUGGUGGCGAAGUGGCUGGGCACCCUGGAGAAGAAGCUCGAGCAGCACGGCGAGUGCAGCCACCAGGACUUCAGAGUCUUCAUCAGCGCCGAGCCUUCCUCAUCCCCCGAUGGUCACAUCAUCCCACAGGGCAUUCUGGAGAACUCUAUCAAGAUAACCAACGAGCCACCACUGGGCAUGCAUGCCAACCUGCACAAAGCCUUGGACAACUUUAACCAGGACACACUAGAGAUGUGCGCACGUGAGAACGAGUUCAAAAGCAUCCUGUUCUCUCUGUGCUACUUCCACGCCGUGGUGGCCGAAAGGCGCAAGUUCGGCCCCCAGGGCUGGAACAGGAGCUACCCUUUCAACACCGGCGACCUCACCAUCUCAGUCAACGUGCUCUACAACUAUCUGGAGGCCAACAGUAAGGUACCCUACGACGACUUGCGCUACCUCUUCGGCGAGAUCAUGUACGGCGGUCACAUCACAGACGACUGGGACCGCCGGCUGUGCCGCACCUACCUGGAGGAGUUCAUCAAGCCGGAGAUGAUGGAGGGAGAGAUGUACCUGGCCCCAGGCUUCCCUCUACCUGGGAACAUGGAUUAUAAAGGCUAUCACCAGUAUAUCGACGAGGCACUUCCUGCAGAAUCACCUUAUCUGUACGGUCUGCACCCUAAUGCUGAAAUCGGCUUUCUGACUCACACAUCGGAGAAGCUCUUCCGCACGGUGCUGGAAAUGCAGCCGAGAGACGGGGGCUCCGGGGAGGGCAGCGGCACAUCACGCGACGAGAAGGUGAAAGCAGUGCUGGACGAGUUUCUAGAGAAGCUUCCGGAUGAGUUCAACAUGGUGGAGCUGAUGAACAAGGUGGAGGAGAGGAGUCCGUACGUGGUGGUGGCUCUCCAAGAGUGCGAGCGCAUGAACAUGCUCACGCAGGAGAUCAAGCGCUCGCUUAAAGAGCUCAACCUGGGCCUGAAGGGUGAGCUGACCAUGACCAGCGACAUGGAGAACCUCCAGAACGCCAUUUACCUGGAGCAGGUUCCUGAGUCGUGGAGCAAGCGCGCUUACGCCUCCACGUCUGGCCUGACGCUCUGGUUCACCGACCUGCUGUGUCGAAUCCGUGAACUGGAGGCCUGGACCUCGGACUUCAACCUGCCCUCCGCCGUCUGGCUGGCCGGCUUCUUCAACCCGCAGUCCUUCCUCACGGCCAUCAUGCAGUCCACCGCGCGCCGCAACGAGUGGCCGCUCGACAAGAUGUGCCUGCAGUGCGACGUCACCAAGAAGAGCCGCGAGGAGGUCAGCGCUCCGCCCCGCGAGGGCGCCUACGUGCACGGCCUCUUCAUGGAGGGGGCGCACUGGGACACGCAGGCCGGUGUGAUCGUGGACGCUCGCCUCAAAGAGCUCACCCCAGCCGUCCCCGUCAUCUUCAUCAAGGCCGUCCCGGUCGACAAGCAAGAGACGCGUAACGUCUACCAGUGUCCCGUCUACAAAACCAGACAGAGAGGGCCUACCUACGUCUGGACGUUCAACCUGAAGACCAAAGAGAACCCUUCCAAAUGGACCCUGGCAGGGGUGGCACUGCUUCUUCAGAUAUAGUCCUUAUCUUCAAAUAAAUGGAAACAAAGAAUAUGAA